CAUCUUCACCAUCAUCUUCAUAUUAAUCCAACUCGCUACCGGUCUUUGAUCUCAUCCUUUGUCUGUCUCAGCCAUAUACAAAUACCCACAAGCAAGAAUUUACACACACACACACACACAUAUAUAUUUAUGAUGUCAAGAGCAUUUAGUAGUAUAGUUGGGCUUAUGGCUCUUGUAGUUGCUCUGUUUCCUGAAGUAUAUAUUGCCCAAAUAAUAGCAAGAAAACAGUGCUCCCUUUCUUGCGGAGACAUUGUUAACAUCAGCUACCCUUUUCACUUGAAAGGCCAUCCUCGUAGCUGUGGUGACGGUCACCACCAACUGGAUUGUGAGAACAAUCGCACAACUCUGGACUUCUAUGGAGAUAAGUACUAUGUCCAAGAGAUCUCUUAUGAAAAUCGAAGCAUAAGAGUGGUACAUUCCCAAAUAGACAAGGAUCAGUGCUCUUUUCAUGGCAAAUACUUUCCGGACGUGUUCCGUCCUUUCUACCGUUUAUAUAAUCCUGAUGAUUAUAUAUAUGUAGUGAGCUGUCCAAGCCCAGUGAAUUUUUCAAACUACAUAGAUUUCUCUUCUUGCGCCAACAGCAGCAGCACUUCUCCCUAUUUCCGAACCCAAACAAACUCAUCAUCAUAUCUUGUACUUAAUGUUUCAAAUUCAGUGGAAAUCCAUCACUCCUGCACCGUCGAGGGAUGGAUAUCUUCUCCCUAUCCGUCUCCUUCCAUUGAAGGGAUCCCUUGGAACCUCACCAUUUCUGAUAUUAAUCAGGAGUUGCUUCAAGGGUUUCAGCUUGAGUUUUGGGAUUCUGACCAAUUAAAAAACAAGCAGUGCUUCGCUGCUACUUCUUGCGGAGACAAUAUUGUUAAAAUCAGCUACCCUUUUUACUUGAAAGGCCAUCCUCGUAGCUGCGGUGACGGUCUGGCUUGUGAGAACAAUCGCACCACUCUGGACUUGUAG